AUGACCAAGACGAUUGAGACAAACGGCACUUCUCAGGUCGACCCCGCGCUCCUCCAGCGUCCCAACCUCGCACUCUGGGUCAACAAUGAGAAGCAAAUCUAUAUGAAGGAGGAGGCGUUCCCCACUUGCCCGCCAGACAGCUGUGUCGUGCACGUCAAAGCAACAGGAAUCUGUGGCUCUGAGAUUCACUUCUGGAAGACUGGCGGCAUUGGCGAUGUCCGCGUGACGCACCCCAUCAUUCUGGGCCACGAGAGCGCCGGUCAGAUCAUUGAGGUUGGCGCCAACGUGACCUCCUUUUCGGUUGGAGACCGCGUUUCCAUCGAGCCUGGAGUCGCCUGCUGGGAAUGUGGCAUGUGCGUUCGCGGUCGUUACAACUUGUGCCCCGACGUCAAGUUCAGUGGCACGCCUCCCACCGACGGCACGAUGAGGCGGUUCGUCGCCCACCCCGCCCGGUUCCUCCACCGUCUCGGCGACGACGUCAGCUACGAGGUCGGUGCCCUCAUCGAGCCUCUGUCGGUUGGUUACAACGCCGUGCGCCGUGCAGCACCCUACCUUGGCCAGCCUGUCGUCGUGGCCGGAGCCGGCCCCAUCGGCCUGGCCGUGGCACUCAGCGCUCGUGCUGCCGGUGCCAACCCCAUCGUCAUCACCGACCUCGAGGCCCACCGUCUCGAGCAGGCAAAGGAGAUGGGCUUCAAGAACACGGUUCUCAUCGACAUGGCAUGGGACCGAAACGAGGUGGCCACCAAGCUGCGUGCCGCCGCAGGCUGUCUCCCCCAGAUUGUCUUUGAGUGCACCGGUUCCGAGGCAAGCAUCAAUGCCGCGUGCUACGCCGUCGAGGACGGUGGCACCCUCCUGCAGGUGGGCUGCGGCAAGCCCGAGAUCUCGCUGCCGUUCAUGAGCCUGGGAUUCCGCGAGGUCAACGUUGUCACCUCGUUCAGGUAUCAGCAGACCUGGCCUGUGGUUCUCCGCCUCGCCCAGUCUGGCGUGUUCGGCGACGUGACACAGCUCAUUACACACAAGCUGCCACUCGAGAAGGCCGUUGAGGCGCUCGAGAUUAGUGCGGACAGGACCAGCCGUUCCAUCAAGGUCCAGAUUGUAGACGAGUAG